UCGCAGCGGAGCAUCUUCCCGCCGCCCGCCUCGCCUCUCCUCGCCCGCCGCAGCGCCGCUCGCCUCGCCAUGGCCGUGGAGAAGGAGAAGAAGACCUGCGGGCAGCUCAUGGGCGAGUGGAAGGAGUUCGUCUGGAACCCGCGCACGCACCAGUUCAUGGGCCGCACCGGCAGCAGCUGGGCUCUAAUUCUGCUUUUCUAUCUGGUGUUCUACGGGUUUCUCACUGCCCUCUUCACACUCACAAUGUGGGUGAUGCUGCAGACGGUGGAUCCAAACAUCCCCAAGUACCAGGACCGCCUUGCUAUCCCAGGCAUGAUGAUCCGCCCUAAAACAGAAGCUCUGGACAUCACCUACAAUGUGACCAACACGGAAUCCUGGGAGAACUACGUGAAGAUGCUGAACGGCUUUUUGGAAGCUUACAAUGAUUCCCGGCAAGUGGCCAACAAUGAGUUCUGCCCUCCGGGACGUUACUUUGUGCAGCCAGACAACGGGGUGAUGAAUUACCCCAAGCGGGCAUGCCAGUUCAACCGCACCAUGUUGGGCAGUUGCUCAGGCCUCGUUGACACCACCUAUGGCUACAGGGAAGGCCGCCCAUGCAUCCUUGUCAAAAUGAACCGGGUCAUCAACUUCUUUGCAGGAGCCAACAAGACCAUGAAUAUUAGCUGCGCAGCAAAGAAAGAGGAAGAUGCCUUGAAACUGGGAGAUAUCGAGAUGUUUCCAGCCAACGGGAAUAUCGACUUAAUGUACUUCCCUUACUAUGGGAAACGAGUCCAUGUAAACUACACACAGCCUGUUGUGGCGGUGAAAUUCCUUAACCUCACAGCCAACUUCGACCACAAUGUGGAAUGCAAAAUCAAUGCUGCCAACAUUGCCACAAACGACGACCGGGACAAGUUCGCAGGGCGUGUCUCUUUCAAGAUCCGGGUCGACAGGGAAUGAGCUUCUCUUGGCCCCUUCUCCACCCCCCACACACCCAACACCCUCAAAGGCUAACUUUUCUGUAGAGGCUCUGUCCGCUGCCUGGACAGUGCCUAGAAGGGUUGGUGCAUUGAUGCUGAAGCGAUGGUGGGGGUGAUGGUGGGGGUGUGGGGCUGGUGGCCAUUUCGACACUGCUGCUCAUCCGAGGGUCACUAACCUGUGCUACUAGACAAUCCCAGCUCCCUCACCCUAAAAGCUGAAGGCUUUGCUUCCCUCCAGCCACCCGUUCUCUGCCCUGGCCUCCUACCCUCUCCCAACAUCUGGAAUGCUACUCGGCUUGUUCUAACCACAUUACUCGCUUCCCCCCUUCCCACCCCACAUAAGGUUUGUGGGGGAGCUCAGAGGCUGUGACCCUUCCUUUGAACCCUUCCCAGAGAUUUCCUAAUAUAAUAAUAAAUGUAUAUAGUUAUUUUUUAUAUAUAUUAAAAAUUAAGGUACUGCUGAGUCCUCUGUAUUUUCCUGCUCUCUACACACACACACACACACACACACCCCUUUCCAAUCACUUCUGUCUCCUCUUUGCACAACCCCUCUCCCCAUCUUUUGUGCCCACUUAGUCUGUCCUAGAAACCUGUUAACUAGCUUCUGUUAUGGAGGUUUGGUGCAUGGAUGUGCUAGGUCAUGGGCUGUCGUCUUUUCCUACUGUUCACAAGGAAUAGCAGAUAUUUUGGCCCUGUUGAGCUAAUGGCUAGUUAGCCUUGCUGUCUGUUGGAAGCCAUUUUGUCUUCCCAAAAAACUUGGGGUUGUCCUAGCAGGCAAAAUACUGACGAUGGGGUUACAAGCAGCUUCCAUUCUGGUAGGUGAGAAGCAAAAUGGUUGCUGUCGAUGGGCUAAGUUAUCAAAGGGAAAAAGUGUCUAUUAUUAAUCUUGACUUGCUUACUGGAGAAUGGCAGCCAUUUUGUUAUUGGCGAGUUCUAUCAGCAAGGAUGUUGGAAUGCUCACCUUUAAUGGUGAACGAAGGGGUUUGACCCUACUGGCUGUGGAAUACAAGCUUGAAAUCAUAAAAUGGUGCCAUCAGACAUAAAGACCUAAAAUGUCUUCCACCGAUGACACCCUGGCUAGCUUGCCAUGUAUUUUUGAUUGUAGGCCACAUUUUGGAGAGGUGGCCAAAGGUUUCUCUGAGAGGUGGCCAUUUUGAUGUUCUCACAAAAGAUAAUGUCAUGGCAGCUUGCUGGUCUUAAUUCUUUAAACCCCUACAUCCCUCUUUUUCUAAUGAUCUACUGACUCUUCUUUUCAGUGUACAGUUAUUUUAAUUUGUUCUUAGAGUGACACUUUGCACUAAGGUAAUAUUAAAAAAAAUAAAACUACUGCCCACCAUAGCUGGGAGGGAAAUAUUGAUUAAACCCAGUAAUGGUCUCUUGAGCCACCAUAAUUAACUGGGUGGGGGGUGCUUCUGUAGAUCCUUUCCUGCCUGGUCUCUUCCCCCUUCAGUUAAUAUUUGAGCAAAAAAAUCAUUUUUGAAAGAAGGUAAAAUUUUGGCAACACAGUUUUUUUUCUUUUUAAUAAACUUUGUCCUCUAACUUCUAUGGCUGCAUCUUUGAGAAGUCAUUUUGUGCAUGAAUUGAAGGGAGAACUUAAUUCUUGGCUUUUUAACUUUUUUAUUUUUUGUUUUUAUUUGCAGAAUUAUUUAAUUGCCUGUAUCAGAUUUACUGUAAAAGAUGAGAAAUAAAAUUUUAAAAUCUG